CGCUUUUGUAAACUAGUCUCCUCAGACAUCAGCUCUGCGCGCGCAUCCCGCCCGGCGCACGCGCACUGGCCUCACCUGAGCGCCGCGCUUUUAUCGGAUUAAUGUCGGUUAAUCCGCGCGCUUCUGGAAGAUCCUGACAGGGUUUCAAUGUUUUGAAAACAGACUCUUCGGGCCUGCAGGAGUCCAGAAGAUCACGAUGGAGGAGCACACGACAGCCAGCAGGACGACUGUAGGAGCAGAGGGCGGGGCUGAUGGCACAAAGGGGGCGUGGCCUACACAGCCACACCCUUCAUCACAUGACCGGGUCACGCUAGUAGUCGACGGGACUCAUUUUGUGGUGGAUCCCGCCGUUUUCACGACUUACCCGGAUACAGUGCUGGGAAGGAUGUUCGGUCGAGCGCGUCAGCACAGUUUCACGCGACCGAACGCUAAAGGCGAAUAUGAAAUCGCAGAGGGCAUCGGCGCCAGCAUCUUCAGAGUCAUAUUGGUACACAUUUACAUGGAAUUGUCUUUUAAAGGUGCAGUGUGUGAUUUUAACGUAGCGCCAUCUUUGGCUCAGGACUUCUACCGCGUCGGGAUGAUGCACUGUCCCGAAGGCGUGUCUUUAGCGGAGCUGCGCGAAGCCUGCGAUUAUCUGUGUAUAAACUUCGACUACAGCACUGUCAGAUGCCGAGACCUCAGCGCUCUGCUGCACGAGCUGUCCAAUGACGGCGCUCGCCGGCAGUUCGAGGUGUUCCUGGAGGACCUGCUGGUGCCGGUGAUGGUGUGCAGCGCGCAGGAGGGCGAGCGAGAGUCCCACAUCGUGGUUCUGACGGAUGACGACACCGUGGACUGGGAUCUCGAUCACCCGCCGCCGAUGGGAGAGGAGAACACACAGAUAAUCUACAGCGCCAAACUCUACCGCUUCUUCAAGUUCAUCGAGAACAGAGAUGUGGCGAAGACUGUGCUGAAGGAGCGAGGCCUGAAGAACAUACGCAUCGGGAUCGAGGGUUACCCCACCUGUAAGGAGAAGGUGAAGCGGCGGCCCGGCGGGAAGAGCGAGGUGAUCUACCGCUUCGUGCAGCGCCCGUUCCUCGCGCUGUCCUGGGAGAAGGAGGAGGGCAAGAGCCGACACGUGGACUUCCAGUGUGUGCGCAGCCGCAGCGUGCCAAACCUCAUCACCGCCAUGGGGGAGGGGCCCAACCGAGCCACGCCCACUCCACAGGUCGACGAGUUGGAUCGGCUCAACGGCCCCGCCCCUCCUGCCCUCCACCAAUGACUGAUCAGGACUGAUUCCUAUUCAUUAUGUCACUGUUAUUUACUCAUUCAUAUUGACGAGUCACAGAUCACUCCGCGAGUGAGUGUGUGUGACUCGAGUCACAGAUCUCUCCAUGGAUAGAUGACCGUUGAACUUUAAAGUACCUGAGAUCUUUUCACCGUUGUGUCCUUGAGCGAGACCCUGCCAUUACUGUACUGCACAAUAUCUGCUUAUUAAUAAUCAAUUACUAAAUCACUCUAGAUUAUUGUGCAUUGUUUUAAAGUCCCCCUGGGGUGAAAGUCCAGCUUUUAAUGUUGUCUAUGUGUCUGUGGUGUUUUUAAUAUGCUUUAACCAUGUGUAAGUUGAUAAGUGGACAACAUUGCUGAGUAUUUCCUCCUUAAAACUGCAGUGAACCAAAGACAGUCUCAAAAACACGCUUUGAAAUCGCUGGUGUCACACACGACCUAGUAACCAAUCAGAUCCCAGUGAGUGGAGGUGGGGCUCAUCUACAUAUUCAUAGAACCUCGCAUACUAAAUGAGGCGAGGGUGUCGAGUUACUGGAUAUUUUAAGGCGUGAAGAAAUUUUUGAAGGACAAAAACUUUAAAUAUGUUAUUUUGGUGGUGAAAGAUGAGUUUUAAGGGAUUUAAUGAUCGAGCACAGGAGGACUUUAAACUUCAUUUUUGUGAAUGACAGGAGGAUCUGGUGUCUGUUUGCGCCAUCUAGUGUCAAGAUGAUAAUGGUACAGUACAAGAUACAGUAGAUUAAUGUAAUAAAUAUGAGGUAAACCAUUUAUAAAGCAGACUUUUCAAGCGUUUUAUAUCAUUUGUAAGCGGGUUUGAAUAAAAUCAUCUGUUAAAUUAAUGCAUCUUCAGUCAAUUUUGGAAUAAAUGUUUUUUUUUGGUUCUGUC